AUGGAGAAGAAACGAGAUUCUUUUUUUCUCCAAAAUAAAAAUCUCCAUAGAAACAGUAAAAUAACAAAUGAAAAACCAAAUAGUAAAAAUAAUAGAGAUGGUGAUUUUGAUAAAAAGAACCAUACAACAUUCAAAAACAAAAAAGAAGAUGAGGGCAAGAAAACAUUUGAUAAAAAGGCAUAUCGUUUGAAAAAAUAUAGCAAGAAAUACAAGCUGGAACAAUGGGAAGAAAAAAGAAAGAAGAAACUGCUUUAUGAUUAUCAUAAAAGCAUUAAAAAUGACCCUUUGCUUGGAUCAUACAAACCAAAAUCUUUUGAUGAAGAUAAUGUUGAUUCCAAUGACCCAAACAUUGGUAAGUUUGUAAGACAUCCUGAUUUAAUUAAGGAAGCACAUAAAACUAAGAAAGAUCCCUUCCAGAAGGCAAAAGAACAUUAUGAAAAGAUCAAGCAAGAAAAAGUGGAGAAGCAACGAGAAUUAGAAAAAUCUAGACUGGAAAAGGCACAGAAGAUCGAAGAGUAUAAGAAGAAGAAACAAGAGAGGUUUAAGAAAUUGAGCAAAAAGACAAAGAAAGGCCAACCAGUGAUGACUGGUAGGUUAGAAUUGCUGUUGGAGAAAAUUCAAAAUGAUUAG